CUUACAGUUGCUCAAAGCAGAUCUGUCUAUACUGAGAACAGGGGUGGACUGACCAUUUGGAAACUCGGCACUGCCCAAGGGCCCGGGGUCAGUAGGGGGCCCCAUGAGAUGCCCCUGGUACUUUUUUCAUAGGCUUUUUUGAGUUUGGGCAAGGACACAGGGGCCCCAUGAUCCCCUAUUGCCCAGGGGCCCCAUGAGUUGUCAGUCUGCCCCUGGCUGAGAAGUACAAAUCCACCCCCCUGCUGAAAGCCCCCCUCUCAGUACAACUCUCCCCCCCACCCCCCCCAUCCCCAU